AUGGAUUCCAAACCCAUGGAAGCAUUUGUGGCAAGUCAGGCCUCCGUCUUCAUGAAUCAGCCCCCUCCACAUAUGUCUAGACCAUCAAUUAUUGUCAAGCUCAUUUUGGGGUUGCUGUGGACCAUCACCCACUUAGCAAUCAGCUUUUUAAAUUUUUUGUCUCAUCUGAUUUAUAGUCUAGAAUGCUAUCUUAUUUCAUCUGGAUUGUUGCGGAAGUAUCAGAAGCUUCAUCUGGGUAGACUGAAGUACUUAGCUAUUGUGGUAGAUAGCACAGAAGCUAAAAGUGCGGCGAAGGUCAAGCAACUGUUAUGCUGGCUCUCAUCUAUGGGUGUGAAGUAUGUAUGUCUCUACGACAUCGAGGGAGUUCUGAAGAAAUCAUUUGAACCUGCUGUGGAUGUUUCAAGAGAUAGGACUGCAGGAGAACAUUUUGGCAUCGGAGCAAACAUCAAAGAUCUACACUGUAGCCAAAGAGAGAUGGUGAUAGACUGUCUUUCUGGUUCUGAUGGCAAGGAGGGUAUUGCUAAAGCAGCCAGUUUACUUUGCUCAACUUACUUCAAUGGUGAUACUCAUGGAGAUGGCAAAAGGAAACCAGCAUUUACAGAAGCUGACAUGGCUAGUGCACUGAAAGCUGUAGGUUGUGGUGGACCAGAACCUGAUCUUCUUUUCAUGUAUGGCCCUGCUAGAUGCCAUUUAGGAUUUCCUGCCUGGAGACUACGGUAUACUGAAAUUAUGUAUAUGGGGCCACUGAAAUCAAUGAAAUAUGGUGCCAUUGUGAAAGCCUUAUAUAACUUCUCAAAGAAACACCAAAAUUAUGAGCAUGGGACUGAGUGGAGUAGUGGACUGACCGGUGACCGGCAUCGUCUCUGGCUCUCUGGCCUCUGCUCAUCUCCAACCUGGAGAGCCCACCAAACCCAAAGCCCAGGCCUCUCCAUCCGCACCCGGCCGCUCCCCAUGUCGUCGCAGUGCCCCUACUGCCGCGCGUCGGGUCCGGCGCGGUGCGCGACGACGCAGCCGCCGCUCUCGCGCGCCGUGUCCGAGUGCUCCGCCUGCACCCGCAUCGUCGUCGAGCGCCACCUCCACACGCACCCCUUCUUCCCCCUCCUCCCCUCACUCCAUCCGCUUCCCCUAGUCACCCCCGACCUCGCCACCGCCGUCGAUCCCGCCCCCUCCCCCUCCCCCGGCGACGAAGAUGACGAGGACCCCUUCCUCCCCGCGGGCUUCGUCUCCGCCUUCUCGGUUUUCUCCCUCGAGCGCCACCCCGUCCUCGCCCGCUCCGCCUCCACCUUCUCCGGCCUCCUCGCCGAGCUCGAGCGCGCGCUCGCCGUCGACUCCGCCGCCGCGGCCUCCAACCCGGACCCCGCCGGGCCCAUGGUCUCCGUCGACAGCCUCCGCGCCUACCUCCAGAUCGUCGACGUCGCCUCCAUACUCAGGCUCGACAGGGGCAUAGCUGACCACGCUUUCGAGCUCUUCAAGGAUUGCUCGUCCGCGACCUGCCUCAGGAAUCGGAGCGUCGAGGCGCUCGCGACCGCCGCGCUCGUACAGGCCAUCCGCGAGGCGCAGCAGCCCCGGACGCUGCAGGAAAUCUCUACUGCUAGCAAUCUUCCUCAAAAAGAGAUAGGAAAAUACAUCAAAAUACUCGGCGAAUCUCUGAAACUGAGUCAACCACUUAACAGCAACUCAAUAGCUGUUCAUAUGCCCCGAUUUUGCAGCUUGCUCCAGCUGAAUAAAUCUGCUCAGGAACUUGCAGCUCAUAUUGGUGAGGUGGUUGUUAAUAAGUGCUUCUGCACACGGCGGAAUCCCAUAAGUAUAUCUGCUGCUGCUAUCUACCUUGCAUGUCAGCUUGAAGACAAACGCAAAACUCAGGCAGAGAUAUGUAAGGUUACGGGCCUCACAGAGGUCACACUACGCAAAGUGUACAAAGAACUGUUGGAGAAUUGGGAUGAUUUGCUCCCCCCUGACUAUACACCUGCCACACCACCAGAGAAAGCUUUCCCCAUGACCAACAUUUACUCAGGGCGCUCAGCAAGUGGCAAGGAUCUGUAUCAGGAUAAGAUAUUCGAGAGUAUUAAGCAAAAAUGCCCUGAGCCUGCAGAGCCUGACCACAUGGUCAUCGUGAAAGAAGAGGAAGACAAGAAAACGAUUGCUCUUGGUCGUCCACCUACAAAACCUGAGGCUCAUGAGUUAGGCAAGGUGUUCCGGCCACCAAAUGCCCCUUUCUCGACGUCUCCUAAAUCUGAUCGUGACAAGACGGAAACUAGCGUUCAUGGGUUCAACCUUAAUGAGGUAUCAUGUGCGAUGGAUUCUGAUAGAACAGACAUCACAAUGAAGCCAGUUUUCGGUGAUCGAUCGUCGAAUGAAUCGAAUGCGAUUCCAUCUCCCAACAGGCAGCCUUUACCGUGGCAGUUUAAGCAGGGGGCACCUUCAACUGGUCCAUCAUAUUCAAGGCUUCGCGAGCAGCAGUCGGGCCUGGAUCUUGUAGCUGCUCUGAAGGGGAUUGGGAAAAGGAGUGCUGGGGAUGGUGGUGAUGGCCGGGAUAGAGAAGGGAAGUGA